AGUCCAAGCGUGGUGAGCAUCAGUUGCGCUGUUCCCCCCAUCCCCUCUGGGCCUCCCAGACGGGAUCAGAGCGGGCUCUCGAUUCCAGGCGCGAUGUCCGGCGUACAGGGGCAGGUCAUCGGCGCCGCGGCGAAGGACCCGAGAUUGCAGGCGGCCGUGGGCGGCGCUGCACGGGACCCGCAUGUGCAGGCGGCGGCCUGGAAGGUGGCCCAGCAUCGGAGCAGGCUGCUCGUCAGGGCGCGCCCGACCCGAGCGAAUCCAGAGGCGCGUUCCUGGGCGGCGGGGCAGGCUGGGAGCGCGUCAGUUGCAGCGUCCGCGCGUGGUGCUUUGCGACCGCCCUGGCGCUGUUCGUAUUCUCCAUCCUGGGGAUGAUCAACGUCUUCAAUGCCGCGUUCCACCCCUUGCAAUACCUCUUCGGGGUGUACAACAUGAUCUUCGCAAUCGUGAUAAUUAUCGUCGAGGGCGAGCAGGCUUGGUUCGGGCGCUGCUUCGACUUGCAGGGGCGCCUGUUUAGCGCGGCGCCGUGCCUUGCUUCGCGCGCGGGGCGGGCGGGGCUGUACUUCUACGUCGGGUCCAUCAACCUCUUCAUGCUGCCCGAGAGUUGGAUCUGGAAGAUCAUCUAUCUCUGUAUCGGAGGUUGCCUCUGCGGCGCUGGGCUUCUCAUGUUGGUUGACCGCUGCAUGGACCGCUGCGCCCGUGGCAAGGAGUCACAGCAGCCCCAAGUCACCGUGUGAUCUCGCAUUCGGAUCAGAACUGCUGGUUUCAUCUACCUCGCCUCGUUUCGUCUACGAUGCUCCGUCGCGGUAGCAGUAUCCGUUGGACGAUUAUGCACAAGAGAAGCUGCGGAUGGGAGCCAAAUCCCCCAUGCUUUUCGCAGCGUUCCUUGGAGGAGGAAGAAGAAGACGAGGAGGAGGAGGUGGAGGAAGAUGAGUACGUAUUACUAGGGAAGCGCAAGGAUGCGCCACGCUCGCUCAGUGCACGCACGUCGGGCUUACAGCACGCGGCUGGGCAUCAAAGCAGUGCUUGCCGCCUUCCUGGCCCUUCGCUCAGCGCCUGGCCCAAGCAGACGUCUAGGGCAAGCAGCGCGCCCGCGCAUGCGGUCAUUACUUUGGUGACCUACAGCUCCACAUUCUUCCGAGAAAGUAAACAUGUUGGCUGGAUCCAACCUUGCAGACACCGCAAGAAAACCUCAGGUUUCGACCGGGCUUCCUUUAGAAAGCCUUGACCUGCUUCUACGAUGCACGGCUGGGACCCGGGAUGCCUCUG